AUGAGGAGCGAUGAAGUGCGGUUGAAUUGUGGGAUAACAAUUCCAGUGAUUGGAUUAGGUACUUAUUCUUCUGAUAAUGAUAACGACAGAACUGAGAAAGCUAUCCAUUUGGCUCUCAAGAUGGGGUACAGGCAUUUUGAUACUGCAAAAAUAUACGGAUCGGAGCCGGCUGUUGGAAAUGCUUUAAGAAUGGCAAUUGAGGAUCAAAUCAUCCCAAGAGAAGAUGUUUUCCUCACUUCUAAACUAUGGAGCGCUGAUCACCAUGAUCCUGUUUCGGCACUCAAACACACUCUCAGGAGGGUGGGGAUGGAGUACAUAGACAUGUAUUUGGUGCACUGGCCGGUGAAACUGAAGCCAUGGGCAUUUGAUGCUGUGCCAAAGGAAGAAGACUUUGAAAAGCAGUUAGACAUGGAGACCACAUGGGAAAGGAUGCAGAGAUGCUUGGACAUGGACUUGUGUAGGUGCAUUGGUGUUAGCAAUUUCUCCACCAACAAGAUUGAAAACUUGUUAGAUUUUGCUUCAGUCCCUCCUGCUGUUAAUCAGGUGGAAAUGCAUCCAAUGUGGAGGCAAAGGAGGCUUAGGGAAAGCUGCAGGAAGCACAACAUCCAUGUGAGUGCAUAUUCACCACUAGGUGGACCUGGAAAUGCAUGGGGAUCCACCGCUGUUGUUCAAAAUCCACUCAUCACAUCCAUUGCUCUCAAACAUAAAGCAACUCCUGCUCAGGUGGCUUUGAAGUGGGGGAUAUCGAGGGGAGCAAGCGUGAUUGUGAAGAGUUUCAAUCCCGAGAGGAUGAAGGAAAACACGGCAUCUUUGGACCUCAAAUUGGAUGAUGAAGACUUGAUUGAGAUUGACAAGUUGGAGGAGAGGAAGAUCAUGAGAGGCGACUUUCUUGUUAAUGACACAACAAGUCCUUAUAAGUCUCUUCAAGAUCUUUGGGACUACGAGAUUUGA